AGGAAGGAGUCCAAGUUUGUUCUUUUGCAUAUGGCUGUCUAGUUGUCCCAGCAUAAUUUGUUGAAAGUUUACUUUACUCUUAGUGUUUUACCAACCCUGUUAAAAACGAAAUGUAUAUCUGUAUAUCUAUAUACAUACUUAUUACAGUUUUGUUUUCUUCCCUUUUAAGGAAAACUUCAAAAAUGUUUCAAAUUCCUGUGGAGAAUCUUGACAACAUCAGGAAGGUACGGAAAAAGGUGAAAGGCAUUCUUGUGGAUAUUGGGCUUGACAGCUGCAAGGAGUUGCUGAAGGACCUUAAAGGCUUUGAUCCAGGAGAGAAGUACUUUUUUAACACAUCAUGGGGAGAUAUUUCUCUCUGGGAACCUUCUGGAAAGAAAGUGAGAUAUCGAACAAAGCCAUACUGUUGUAGCCUCUGUAAAUACUCUACAAAAGUGCUUACUUCAUUCAAAAAUCAUUUACAUCGUUACCACGAAGAUGAGAUUGACCAAGAGCUGGUGAUCCCUUGCCCAAACUGUGUGUUUUCCUCUCAACCCAAAGUUGUGGGAAGGCACUUCAGGAUGUUUCAUGCACCUGUUCGGAAAGUCCAGAACUACACGGUGAAUAUUUUAGGUGAAACGAAAUCAUCCAGGAAUGAUGUGAUAAGUUUCACGUGUUUAAAAUGUAACUUUUCAAACACGCUGUACUACAGCAUGAAGAAGCAUGUGCUGGUAGCCCAUUUCCACUACUUGAUUAACUCCUACUUUGGGUUGAGAACUGAGGACAUGGGCGAGCAACCGAAGAACGAUGAUACCACCGAGAAGAUGCCACCAUCUGACAAGUAUUACUGUAAAAAAUGCAAUGCCAACGCCAGCAGCCAGGAUGCUUUAAUGUAUCACAUUUUGACAUCGGAUAUACACAGGGAUUUGGAGAAUAAGCUUAGAUCCGUGAUUUCAGAACAUAUUAAGAAGCCUGGACUUUUGAAGCAAAUGCAUAUUGCUCCAAAACCAACUGCACAUUUGGCGAUACCACCAAGCAACAGUGCUCCGGCCGUUCCAGCCACACCUCCUUGCUUUCAUCUUGCCUUGCCGCAGAACAGUCAAAGCCAAACCGUGGUCCAGCCAGUUCAGGGCACAGUCCAGCCAGUGACUGUGGCCUCGGGUGCUUCUGGAAGCCUGACUCAUUCUCCGCCGGCUGUUGCCCAGUCCCAUGUGACUCUAGUCUCCAGUCCCCUGCCAGUGGCCCAGAGCAGCCUUGCUCUGCCACCCUCAGCUCCUCAGCCUGUCUUUCUUUCUCACGGAGUCCCACUUAAUCAGUCAGCAAAUCCUCCUGUGUUGCCAUUGAGUCAGCCAGUUGGACCUGUAAAUAAGUCUGCUGGAACUGGCAUCCUCACCACAAACCAGACCCUCCGCCCAGGGGUUUUUCCCCUCCGCCAGCCUGUUGGGCCCAUCAGCAGACCAGUUGGGCCUGGAGUCCUUUCAGUAAACAGACCUGUUGGGUCUGGUGUCCUUCCUGUCAGUCCCUCUGUCACCCCUGGGGUUCUCCAGGCUGUCUCGCCAGGAGUGAUCUCUGUGAGCCGGACAGUCCCCUCAGGGGUCCUUCCUGCGGGCCAGAUGACCCCUGCAGGGGUCAUCCCUUCAGCACAGACAGCGACUUCAGGAGUUCUCCCUGCUGGCCAGAUGGUCCAGUCGGGGGUUCUCCCCAUUGGACAGACAGCCCCGUCGGGGGUUCUCCCCCCUGGGCUGACGGUCCCGUCACGGGUUCUCCCUCCUGGCCAGACGGUUCCCCUAAGGGUUCUCCCUGCAGGCCAGGUGGUCCCACCUGGGCUCCUUUCUCCCAGCCAGCCAGUCUCCUCAAGUGUUCUCCCUGUGAACCAGGGCAUUAACUCCGGUGUUCUUCAGCUCAGUCAGCCUGUCAUGUCAGGAGUUCUUCCUGUGGGUCAGCCAGUGAGGCCUGGGGUCCUGCAACUCAGUCAGUCUGUGAAUACCAAAAUUCUGCCUGCAAGUCAGCCAGUUAGACCUGGGGCUUCGCAAAACACCACUUUCCUCACGUCAGGCUCUAUUCUCAGACAGCUAAUACCCACAGGGAAACAAGUGAAUGGGAUUCCCACAUACACCCUCGCCCCGGUGUCUGUCACUCUGCCCGUGCCACCUGGAGGCAUUGGGACCGUCGCCCCACCUCAGAUGCCCAUCCAGCUCCUGCAGUCUGGCGCAGCUGCACAGAUGGCCAGUCCCGUGGCUAGCAUGCCCUCCCCUCCAGUGGUGGUAAAUGCCACUCAGAACAUGUUCGUUCAGGCCUCCUCGUCUGGGGCAGAGGCGAGCCAGGCGCUCAGACAGGCGAAGCAGUGGAAAACCUGCCCAGUUUGCAAUGAGCUCUUCCCUUCCAACGUCUACCAGGUCCACAUGGAGGUGGCUCACAAGCACAGUGAAUCCAAAUCUGCUGAAAAGCUGGAGCCUGAAAAACUGGCAGCAUGUGCACCGUUUUUAAAGUGGAUGAGAGAGAAAACAGUUCGAUGUCUCUCUUGUAAAUGCUUAGUAUCGGAGGAAGAGCUUAUCCAUCACUUACUAAUGCAUGGCCUAGGGUGUUUGUUUUGUCCAUGCACUUUCCAUGAUAUUAAAGGUCUUUCUGAGCAUAGUAGGACUAUGCACCUAGGGAAGAAGAAAUUACCUGUGGAUUACAGCAACAAAGGUUUUCAAUUGGAUAUCGAUGCUAAUGGCAACCUGCUGUUUCCCCAUCUUGACUUCAUCACCAUACUGCCAAAGGAGGAGCUCGGGGAGCGGGAGGUCUACCUGGCCAUCCUGGCUGGGAUACACUCCAAGUCGCUCGUGCCCGUGUACAUCAAAGUGAGGCCCCAGACGGAGGGUGCGCCCGGAAGCCCCAGCAAACAAGCCUUGACCUGCCCCUUCUGCUUUGGCACCUUUGUGACCACUGAGACGUAUGAGCUGCAUUUGAAGGAGAGGCACCACAUCAUGCCCACAGUCCACACCAUCCUGAAGUCUCCAGCCUUCAAGUGCAUCCAUUGCUGUGGGGUUUACACUGGCAACAUGACCCUGGCAGCCAUCGCCGUACACCUGCUGCGCUGCAGAAGCGCCCCGAAGGACAGCGGCUCAGACUUGCAAGUCCAGCCAGGCCUCAUCGAGAACAGUGAACUGCUGCUGGUCAACGGCGAGGUGACCCACGAUGCCGGUUUCUCUGUGAAGAGAAAGCUGCCCGAUGGCCACUUUGGGGCAGGAGACCAGAGGGAUGGGGAGGAGCGACCUCUCGUCAUAAACGCCGAGGCAGCCCCGGCUCCAGAAAAGGUAACGAGCAUCGUGCCCUUUAAAAGGCAAAGAAAUGAAAGCAGGACUGAGGGACCACUUGUUAAUGAUGAUGCUCUUCACAUUUUAGCAUUAAAUCCUAAAAAAUAUGAAGACCGUUCUUAUGAAGAAAAAAAGCAGUUUCUUAGAGAUUAUUUCCACAAGAGACCAUAUCCUAGUAAAAAGGAAAUAGAACUGUUAUCCUCACUCUUAUGGGUGUGGAAAAUUGAUGUGGCUUCAUUUUUUGGAAAAAGAAGAUACAUUUGCAUGAAAGCAAUAAAAAAUCACAAGCCUUCUGUACUUUUAGGUUUUGAUAUGUCUGAACUGAAAAAUGUUAAACACAGGUUGAACUUUGAGUAUGAACCAUAAAACUUGUUAAAAAAAAUUAGGAAAUCUAAAGUACUAGAUAAUUAGUAGUUUUUUCAAUUGAGAUUUAAAAAAACGUCAUUUUCUCACUGUAUGUUGGACUAAUCAAUUUCAGUGGUCUUUAUGCUGCUCUUUAGAUUUAUUUCAGGUGCUCAGAAAGACUUCUAUAUAAAGAAGUGAAUAGUUCUGUCGGAUUUAUCGUUUCCUGAAGUUUGAUUUUGUAACAAUUAUUUUUAGUUUUUUCCUCUGUCAUGUAAAUUAAAUCUUUUGAUAUUUCAUGCACGCCUUGUUUUCCCAGUAGUGUCAGUAUCGUAUGAUAAAAACUGAAGUCUCAUUUUGUUUUUUCAUUUAAGGAAAUUUCUGCUUGUUUGAGAAUACCUGAUUAACUUCGAAUUAAAGCAUCGAUCUCCCUCAGUUAGUUUCUCAUGUAGCAGCAAUUGAUACAGUAAAUGUGUAGAGAAGUGAGUACAAACCCCCGUGAUGUGUAUGGUUCCUUAAGGAUGCACUGCAUUAACUUAUGCUGAUUUCUUCCUUGUAAGAUAUUUGCUUAUUAGAUUAUAAUUUUGAUUUACAUUUUUUUAGGUUUAUCCUAACAGCUGUUUUUGAUUAUAACUCAUAGAAAACCAAAUGUUUUCAUUU